UAAUACUAACCAUUUUUUUCUCCCCAAUCCAACACAUACCAUCUCACUUCUUCUGUUCUCUCACAAGAGUAAUUUUGAGCUUCCUCCUCCCUCUUAAUAAAAUAUAAAAAUCAUAUACAUAUACAUAUAGUUUUGAAGUUAAAGUUGAACCAUAAUGGGUGGUUAUAGUUAUUGUAGAAUAGUUGGAUUGAUAAUGAUAAGCUGUUUAUUGGGAGGAUCAGAAGGGAAGGUCCGUGUAGGUUUCUACAACACUAGCUGCCCCAACGCCGAGGCCAUAGUCCGCAACGUAGUCCAUCAAUCAUCCAUCUCCGACCAAAACAACCUCCCCUCCCUGCUCCGCCUCCAUUUCCACGACUGCUUCGUCCACGGCUGCGACGCCUCCAUUCUAAUCGACAGAGCCUCGGAAGCAGACGAGAAGCGAGCCUUUGGACAUCAAGGCGUCCGAGGCUUCGACGUCGUACAGACCGCCAAAGCUCAGCUAGAAGCCGCCUGCCCCGGCGUCGUCUCUUGUUCCGACAUUCUUGCCAUGGCUGCUAGAGAUGCCGUUUUCCUAUCGAAAGGGCCAUGGUACGAUGUGGAAACAGGCAGAAGAGAUGGCUUGGUGUCGAAUGUCACACUGGCUGCUCACAUGCCUGAUGUUGCAGAUUCCAUUCACAAAUUGAAAGCCAAGUUUUUAGCUAAAGGCCUCACCGCCCAAGAUCUUGUCAUUCUUAGUGGUGCGCACACGAUCGGCACCACAGCGUGCUUCUUCGUGAACUCAAGGCUGUACGAGUUUCCGGCCAACAGGGGCUCGGACCCGUCCAUAAACCCGGGCUUUCUGCCGGAGCUGAAGUCGGUGUGCCCGAAAAACGGAGAUGUGAACGUGCGUUUGGCGAUGGACAGAGGCAGCGAGCAGGUGUUUGACAAGCAAAUACUGGGGAACAUAAGGAGUGGAAUGGCUGUGCUGCAAUCUGAUGCGGCUCUCUAUCAAGAUGAGGCGACGAAGCGUGCGGUCGACUCUUAUCUCGGGCUUCCUGGGCCAUCGUUCGAGGCUGAUUUCGCUGCUUCGAUGAUCAAACUGGGGAGGAUUGGAGUGUGGACGGGAUCUAAAGGCCAGAUUAGGCGUGUUUGCUCCUCUUUUAAUUGAAUCAUACUAUUGAAUAAACACAUACUCCUACCAUACAUAAUUUUCACUUCUUGAUGCUUUGUGUUUUA